AUGCUCAACUGACCAUCAAUAUUUACACCAAGCAAAUUUAUUGCGGUUCUAUUCCAGGAAUAAUUAGCAUUUGUCUGGUAAAGAAGUACUUGUUAUUCUAUUUUAUAUAAACUGUUUACCAUCACACAAAAAAAUAGCUCCAUUAGAGACGUAGGUAUAAAAGUUAGGAGUAAAACGAUUCCAAAUCAGUCGCUUUUAAGUAUUAUCACUGUCGACUGUUUUGAUAACACUACAAUGUUCAAUAUGUUGCCAGUUUUAUUAUUUACCUUUUUGGUAAGCGUUUGUUACUCAAUUCCUCAAGGAGUACCAGGUCCAGCUCCUGGGUCAGCAGGAGGACCAAUUAAACCCGUUCCAGUACCAGCGUCAGGUGCUAGAGUUAGACGUCAAGAUCCAACUCAACCUCAAGUUCAACCACCGAAAAUUAAACCAAGUGAACUUACACGCCCUGAAAAACCAGCUACUCUUCCUCUUCCCGUAAAUCCUCAAGCUAGAUCAGCUAGGCAAACUAAGGAUAUUCCUAAACACGGAGGUCCACCAGGUUCUUUAGAUGGCCCUCAAAUUGAUCCAAUCGAUCAAACUCGUCCAAUUCCAGCAAAACCCCUUAAUCGAUCAGUUAGACAAACUAAGGAUAUUCCUAAAACAGGAGGACGACCAGGUUCUUUAGAUGGCCCUCAAAUUGAUCCAAUUGAACAAACUCGUCCAAUUCCAGCAAAACCCCUUAAUCGAUCAGUUAGACAAACUAAGGAUAUUCCUAAAACAGGAGGACAACCAGGUUCUUUAGAUGGCCCUCAAAUUGAUCCAAUUGAUCAAACUCGUCCAAUUCCAGCAAAACCCCUUAAUCGAUCAGUUAGACAAACUAAGGAUAUUCCUAAAACAGGAGGACGACCAGGUUCUUUAGAUGGCCCUCAAAUUGAUCCAAUUGAUCAAAAUCGGCCUCGUCCAAUAAAAACUUUUGCUCGCCAAACCAGACAAACUAAGGACAUUCCUAAAACUGGAGGACCAGAUUUAAGACCACAAGUUCAACCGGUUAGACCUAGACCUUUACCUCAACCUGUUGGAACGAAACCUGCUCCGAUUAAAGCAUUGUACUAAAAUCGAUUAAAAUAUGGCGUUGAUUUAUAUAUUAAUGUUUAAUUAAAAUGUUUAUAAUAAAAAUAGUUUUCACCAUUUAUAUAGUACUUUUU